ACUUUAAUAUGUGUCACAAAAAUAAUAAAUGUGUACAUUCUGUUUAGGAUUUGAUUUUACAGAUUGGUCUAAGAUGAUGUGAUACAAAGGAUCAUGGCUACAGAUCAGCAGCAAAUCAGACCUACCACAAUCAGCAACAGUCCAUUCUCUCGUUCAAAGAGUCUGAGACUUCCAUCAAGAAAGAACCAAACUGAAAACUCCAGCAAUUCUCUCACUCGUCAUGGUAGUAUCCGAUUGCCAAAGUCUGCUUCCCUGUCAAACACAGUUGCCACAAGUAAUAAUCAGGGAGCUACUGCUAAUAAUAAAAGGUUAAAACCUCUUUCUGUAUUCCGUAAACCUGUUCCACCACCUAAACCAAAGUUGAACAGUGUUUCUGGAAACAGAAGUGUGUAUGAUGGAAAUAUGAGAAACAGAGCUUCCAAAAUGGCCUCUACUCGAGCUGUCAGUGCCGAAGAUAUAAGGAAACAAGUAAACAAGGUACUUGUGAAAGAUGUAGAGGAAAAUCUAAUGAACACAUCAACAUGUAGCUUGCCUGCUGGCCCUUCUGAUAGCUGCUCAACUUCUUCUGCAUCAAGAGACUCGCCUAACAGUGUUCAAAGUGAACAAAUCAACUCUUCAAGACAAGUUUUGUCACCAGUUGCAAAAGACACAAAAGACUUGAAGCCACAUUUGAGAAGGUUAACAGAAGAACAUGAGAAGCUUCAGAUGGAAUAUGCUCGAUUGAGAGUUCAGCACAUAGAAUUAGCAACUGCCCAAACCCUUGGUUCCCCCAACCUGAGGAAAGACUUCACUGGUGUUUCUUCUCCUGGCAACCCCAGUGACCUCCGUACAAAGCAAGAAAUUUGCGAUCAGGAAAGGAGACUGAGAGAGCAGCUUAAACAACAGGAAAAUCUGAUUACAGGAUAUCGAGAUGAGGUACUACGUCUACAGGGUGAAGCUCGUCACUUCCAGCGGAAAUACUGGGAACAGGUGAUGAGUUCUGAUGCAUCAGAAGUUGAAUUGGAAGAUGCUUCCCAGCAAAUUAUCUACCUCAUAGAGAGACUGGAGAGCAAACAAAAAGAACUGAAUCAAGCUAACGUCAAGAUUCGACAAGCCGAGGAGCGGCUGUCAUCAUGUAACCGUGAGCUGCAGCAGUGUCGAGAUGCCAUUGAUGAUUACCAGAGUCAACUUGAGGGUGCAGAAGCCCAGAAUGCUCUCCUCCAAUGGCAAGUAAAAGACCUUGAAGGAGAUGUCGCAGAAGGACGAGAUAGUCUAGAGUUUCUACAAGUAGAAAGAUCCACACUGACCGAGACAAUACAAGAAUUGGAAAACUCUCUGCAGUUAGCACGGGAGAAAAUGGAACAAGACAAAGCUCACAUAGGCCAGUUUAUGGAUCGGUGUCGACGGCUGUAUGCCAAGAUACAGGAUAAAGGACUACAAAACCAAGUGUUACAGGCCCAAAUUGACGCAACUGAAGGCCGAGCUCGAGACUUGCUGCUGAGCCAAGGAGCUGAACUGAGUACAACAGCUCUUGCCCUCACCCAGCUGGGUUAUCAUGCACAUUCUGUGUUAAACAUGAUGGUUGAGUAUGCUGGGAAGGACUUGGGGUUAAAUCAAGAGGUUUUGGAUGAGAUUAUUUCUGAUGCUGAAGAAACAGAUUCAGAUGAUGCUGUUAAACGUCCAGAAGGAACAGUAAAUGCAGAUGUUUCUAAUAAUUUGGAAUCGAAAAUGAAUAAACUGGAGAAAUCAUCAGACUUAAGGGGUGGAGAUUCAGUAGAUAAUGACUCUAACAUUCCCUCAGACCCAAUGCAAAAGCUACGAUCUGUAUCUUUUGUUCAGGCAGUGAUUCAAGCCUUUGAGGGAACAAAAAGUGGGUCAGAUGAUCAUUCCUCUACCAGUUCUUCUAAAGAAACAAGUCCAAAACUUGACCGGAAAACAUAUCAAACUGCUGCUGGUGUUUUCAGCCACCAGGAGGAAGGUAACACAAAACUUCUGAAUGGUGAAAGUGAUCAGAUCAUUGAGGAACCCUUGUUGUCUGAGGACAGUGGAGUUCCAGAUAGUAAAGUUCCUGGAAGUGCCUUCAGACCUGUAGGCCUUGCAACGCCCUUCCGUCCCAAAUCAAUGAAGCCUCAAGUAGCCAAUCUUUACAAGCUCCAAGAAGAGGAGAAUCCUGAAGAAUGUAGUGCCAAUAAACAACUUCAAAGCAGUUCCUUAGAAAGCAUGGUGAAGAAAGUGAGCCAGCUUUUCCAGAAAAUGACCAAUGUGACUGAGCUCAUACAUGAAGGAUACAAAAGUCAGCUUGCCUCAAUGUCUGAGGAGAACAAGACUCUAAAGGAGAAGGUUCAGUUGUUGGAAGAGCAAGAAGAUCAACUUCAAAAAGAGGUAGAAGCUAAAGAUGAUAUCCUAGAGCGGACAACAGCAAAACUGGGAGAGGUCUCGGAGCAACAAAAAAAGGAAGUGGAAUCCCAUCAGAAAGAAUUGGAUCGGCUGCAGAAACAGGUUGAGCAACUAUGGGAGAAGAACUGCUGUUUGGAGGCAGUUAAUGUUGAACAGUCAAGGCAAAUAAAAGAAGAAAUUAAGAAGACAGUUGAAACAGCACCACAACAAAUGGGGAUGGGGUAUAUGUUGAAUGCUCUUACUAUUUGUGACAAACUAGCUCUCAAACAAGAGAUUGCUCGUUUAAAGAAAGCCUUGGAAACCAAAGAAGAGUUGCUUCAUAACAUGGCUGAGAAGUAUGCUCGGAACAAGAAAGUUUGGGAAGAAAAUUGUCAGAAGGCAGAAGUGGAAGUGCAGAUGCUAGAUGAUGUUAUAUACCAGUGUGUUGAUACUCUACAAGGCAUUCCAGAAGUAGUAAAUUCCUGUGAGUCUCUCAGGAAGCUGAUGGCUAUUCUGAAUGGUGGAGCAUCCUCCCAUGACUCUAGUGCCAUCUCUUUAAACUCUAGCCACAGAGAGCAUAAUUUCUUUCAAAACAAAUUAACAGUUUAAAAUCACCACUGUUACUUGUCUUUCUGACCACUGCUUUUUUAAUCAUUAUGUCUACAAAGUCAAGUUCUUUAUAAAAAGAAGUGUCAUGUAUAGAAUUUGUUUGUGAUGCUAUGUUAUAUAUAAUUUUUUAUGAAUUUAUGUAGUCAGUGCCUUUUUUUUGUUUAAUUAUC